AUGCACGAGAUGCCGGACUUGGUGCUGCAGAGGUCCGACGCGAACGGGUCCAGAGUCGAAGACACCUCGGCGGCAGCAGGUAGCCCGAGGAGGUGUGACGGCACCGCUGCUGCUGCGUGCAGUGAGGGCAAGGGCCAGGCGCGUGGGGGGGUCGACGCGCGGCCGGCGCGGGGGGGGCAGGAGAUGGCAACUGCCUCCAGGAACGCUGAGACUACGACACGGCCGCGAUUGCCGUUGUCGAAGCUUGAGACGCACCGCCUUUGGCACGAGGACGGGCUGUCCGUGGAUGCCGUGGCGGAGGUGCGGUGCAACAAGGCCAACACGGUCCGGGGAUACCUUUCAGACUGCAUCGAAGCUGGGCUUCCCUACGACUGGACACGAGUCGGCAUCGACGCUGACGAGGAGGAGGAGAUCGUCACAGCUCUCUUGGCGGCGACGGCGGGUAGCGGCAAACAACCGGCAGUAGCGGCAGCAGGGGGGGACUGUGGUCCGUCUAAAGCUGCAGCGCCAGCGGCCUCAUCCGAAACAUCUCCCAAGAUUCCCGACCACCACAAGGCAAAGGCGGAAGCAACGAACGUAGGCGUCGCGGUGUCGCCCAUGAUGCCUCUGGCAAGCAACUCAAGGCCUUCGCUGAGCGAUCUGCAGGUCGACGAUGGCAUCGGUCUCGCCACGCCGACGACCAGCGGUCGCAGCGCGCCUGCCGUCGAGCCCGUGGGCACCAGUUGUGGCCAUAACACCACUCCCACUACUCCGGUACUCAAGGGUCCAUGUUCGGCGGUGGCUGCUGCUGCUGCUGCCUCGCACUCUGCGGACGGGGUAGUGCUGCCGGGGCCGAACACCACCACUACGGACUCGGAGUCGGCAAGUCCAACCGUCGAUGCACAGAGACUGGCGGGGUCCAACGACGGCAGCGCUACCAGCAGCACCGCCAACAACCGCACCGACAGCAACCCCGGCAUGGAUGAAAGCGCCGGCUGGAGUGACGGUGAUGCUGGAAGACACGGAACGCUGGCAGGGACGGCAAGCGAGACAUGCGCUGCAGGGCGUUGGGAUUCUGUGAGGCUGAAAGACGUUAAAGAACUGGCACCCCGUGCGGAGUACUGGGAGAUUCGCAUGGUGUUGGCGAGGCUCAAGUCUGGGUACUGCACCCGAUGCUAAUUUGGAACCACUUCCAAGUGUGACUGCUUACAGGCUUUCGCGUGCCACGGAG